CAGCAGGCUCUCCCCAAGCCUGUGAGUGACAGCUGUCCCCACCCCGGCUGCUCUCCGUGUUCCUGACAGAGAUUUCAGCUCCGUGUGUGUUCUGGGAAGGUUUCCACGCUCCAGAGGCUUGGUGGAGCCUGCUGCAGAGCAUCUCCUCCCAGCUCUGCACUCAGCCCUUGGCAGCAGCGGUGCUCAGCAGAAGAGCACAGGAACUGCUGCAAUGAGGGCUGGAGCACCAGCAUGGGGGGGACACCCAGACCCCCUGACCUGCGGGGCUGCCUCUGGUCACCCUCUGCUGCUCCUGGCCGUGCUGGGGCUCCUCAGCAUUCCUGUGGCUCGUGGUGACUGUGGGCCCCCUCCUGCCAUGACCCACUCCAGGCCAUCCAGCGAUGAGCACCCCAGCAGCUUCCCGGUGGGGUCCAGGGUGACGUUCACCUGCGCCGAGGGCGCCCGCAAGAUCCCGGGGCUGCCGGACACCACGGAAUGCCUGCCCGGCAACCUCUGGUCCAGGCUGCUGGACCCCUGCGGCCGGAGCUGCGCUGCCCCGACCAGGCUGAGGUUUGCUGCCCUGUCCAAGGAGGAUGAGAGGAGGAAUUUCUUCCCUGUGGGGACCAACGUGAGCUACGUCUGCCGGCCCGGCUACGAGAACACCUCGGAGAGCUCCCCCUCCAGCACUUGCCUCGAGAACCUGGCGUGGUCAGAAGCUGCUGAGCUGUGCAGGAGGAGGUCCUGCGGCACCCCGGGAGCGCCGCCCGGGGGGAGGAUGGGGCCCCUCACGGACCUGCAGCUGGGAGCGCGGGUGGAUGUGUUCUGUGAGGAUGGGUACAAAUUAGUUGGGAAUAAUUUCAUCCGGUGCCAGCUGAAAGGAAACGAUGUUGAAUGGAGCGAACUUCCAACUUGUGAAUUAAUUACCUGCCCUCCACCUCCUCCAAUCAGCCACGGGAGACACAACAGGGAAGGCAUUGAAAUGUUUGCUUUUAACUCCACGGUGACCUACAGCUGUGAUCCCAACUUCCAGCUGGUCGGGAAUGGGAGCAUCCGUUGUACGAGCAGGGACAAAACCAGCGGAGCCUGGAGCGGAGCCGCGCCCCAGUGCAAAGAGAAAAGCUCAGCUGUCAGACUCGGAGCACAAGACAUGGAGAGGACAGCUCCUCCCAAAAGUCCGCAGGGAAAUGGAAUCCAGCCCUCUAAGAAAACUUCCAUGUGGGAGAUGAAGCUCAGCCUCUAUCAAAAGGCGCUCCAAAAUACCAUUUCCUUCUCCCAGUCUUCCUCUUUCUUCAGGAAACCAGUGAGCAGGAGCUGGGCUGCCUCAGAGUUCAGAUUUGUUCUACCUUUGUACAAAUCCCCAAAAUCCUAUUUUGGGACCAGCAAAGGAUUCAUGUGUCCUCCAAAGUACAUGGGGAUCCUCCCCCAACCCGGCUGCUUUCAAAACUUGAAAUGGUCCAAAGCUGCAUCAUUUCAUGGAAGGAGGUCGUGGGUGGCCAGGAGGAGCUGGACACGGCGGAGGUGCUGCUCCUCCAGAUUCCCCACCUGCUGCAAAGGAUGAUUCCAUCCAGGAAAGGCAGUUGCCUUCCAGCACCGUGACUCCAGCUGUGAUUCCUGCUCAUCCCACCAGGGUUUCAGAGGCUGCGUUGUCCCAGAAACGCUCAGACCUCCGGCAGAAGUUCCUCCGGGGCCCGGCUAUGUCACGCCCAGCCUGAUGCUGUGUUUCCAGGGCCGCAGGUUUUCUGCUCGCUGGCAACGCCACAACAAACCCUAAAUACAGCCCCAGCCUCCCUGGGGAGCUGAGCUGCUCCCGUAACUUCCCAGGAAUUCCAGCCGUGGAUCCAGCUGCCAGUGGGGCUGAAAAGCAAAGCACGGAUUUCCCCGUCCUGCAGAGUUAUGAGCUGACUUCUUUUAGGAAACCGUGGUACUCCGGUUAUUAAAUGGUUUGAUCUUUGUA